CAACAACACACCAACAACCAACUCUGCGCUCGUUGCACACCCCUGACUCAUGACUUUUAAAUAAGAUACUGAGUUUGCAAAGCUUCUGAAGCUCUCAUCCCCCUCAAUACAUCAAUAUGCCGAAGGUUAUUAGCUACACGCCGGCGUGGCUCUCGAAGCCUAACCCUGGUCAUGAAAUAUUUACUUCGAAGGUUAUGAGCACCCAGCCUGCUUCAUCAAAUGGAUCGAGCGCGAGUAUCAAACGGAGUGCGAAGCCUGGACCUCGUCGAACUAUUGCGCGCCGCGGAACGGAGGUUUUCAUAGCUGUGGGUAGAGAGAUUCGUUGGGCGGAUCUGGUCUACCUGAAGGAGGCAUGGGAAGACAAGCAGUCGAGAAAUUCCUUUGGGAAGGAGAAGGGAGGGGACGGUGACAAUCAGUAUGAGGGAGAUCAUGCUCAGGGAUAUCGGACCAUCAAAACCCAAGUUGCGGAAGACAUUCGACAGCUCAUCAUCUCACCACAUGCCAAUUACAUAGCGAUCUUGACGACUCAUACGGUCCAUGUUGCCAUUCUACCCGAACCUUCACUGCUCACUGCUGCGGAUACUGCCCCAAUGAAGCUGAAGUACUAUACCCUCGGGCCUACAACACAUGUUACAUCGCAGUGGGGAAUUGCUUCAGCUUUGUGGCAUCCGUUAGGCGUGAAUGGAACAUGUCUGGUGACGGUGACGGAAGAUGCUAUUGUGCGGCUAUGGGAAUUAUCUAUUGCAGAUCGAUGGUCUUUCGACCGGCCAACGCUUGCCAUCGAUCUGAAAAAGUUGGCAGAUGGGACAUCCGUUGAUCAAGAUUUCGGAGCAUCAGUACAUGGAACGAGCAAGGGAUUCUCUCCAGACUCGUUUGAGAUGGAAGUGGCAUCAGCUUGCUUUGCCGGCAGAGGAAGCGGAGGAUGGUCACCAAUGACUUUAUGGAUUGCUAUGAGGGAGGGCGAUGUUUAUGCUCUUUGCCCGCUGCUGCCCGAGAAAUGGUCACCACCACCGACUCUCAUCCCUUCUUUGUCUGUCUCGAUCGUUGCCAAAGUUGCGGCUUUAGAAGAUGAGCAAGGAGCUUCACCACAGAGCAAGCUAUUGGCACAGCAACAACUUGAGUGGAUGUCAGAAAUCGAUAACCAGGAACCCCUCCACAGCGAAGGGCCUCCAGGUGAACCUCCCGCGGAAGUUUAUACUAGACCCGGUAAGCCGGGCAGAGUACCAAAAUUGCAGGGCCCUUUCGACCUUGACCUUGCUCCCGAAGAGUCAGAAGAUGAGCUCGACGGACUUUUGAGCGAUAUCUGUGUUAUUGGGCCCAAGAUGGACGCUGAUGAAUUAAUGUUUGGAGAGGAAGAUGAUUUGGAGCUGGACGAAGUUGAUCAGGAAGGGUUGUCCGUUGGGAUCGUCUGUCUACUCACGACCAGUGGCCGACUUUCUGUUUGUCUGGAUCUGGAUGGGGUAGAGGCACAAUGGCUACCCAAAGCCAAAGAGAAGAGGCUCCGAUUUGUCGAAGACUCUGAUCCUCCAUCUUUGCUAACAUUCGAGGUUUUGGACACUUCACGGGGGCUUGAGGUCUGGGAAGGCAACUGGCCAGUAUUCAGUCACGACGUCAACUCUCGAUACUCCUUCUAUAUCACCAAUACUUCGAGCGUUACUUUCAUCUCACUCACCCCUUGGGUUUUCCGCCUGGAGACGGAGUUGAAUGAAGCAACCGCUGGAACCGAUUUCCGGAUUGGCCUUUUGGCUCAAGGCCAGAGCUCACUUCGAGAGAGACUUCUCACCCAAAACUCGAACGAUAAAUCCACCCCGCUCGCUGCAAGCGCCGUUAUUCGAGAUCCUGACCUUGGAUACUUCCUUCUCACUGCUACGUCACAUGGUCCCAUUGCUCUGACUUUCGAGGCUCCCGAUAUACACUUUGAUCUUGAUCGCCGAUCUCGUUCACCCACAUACGACCCGGAACCCGAUAAGCCUUUGAUCUUCUUCGAGCCAAGGCCAUGUUACGAACCUGCACAUACCCUCCAGCAGAGUUCCGCGAUGCCGACAUUCAUCGAGAGACAGCGGCAUGGCAAAUACAAACGACUGUUGCAGGAAGAAGUUCGACUCUCACCGGCUACUCUUACAAUCAUUACCGAAGCACACAAAGUCAUCAGUGAAGAGACGCAUCGCGUCGGGACUGCGGCUGCGGAACUAUUCCGACGCUGUGAGAAAUUACAACUCGACUUGAAGAAUCACAUUCACAAGGCGCGUGAUGUAGCUACUCGCAUAAAGGCGAUCACAAGUGACGACGUGGAAGAUGGACAGUCAGUAAUUGCCGCAAAUGAGAAGGUGGAGAAACGAAUCCAUGCUGCGAGAGAGAGGCAAACAGAGCUUAACAACCGCAUUGAAGAUGUGAGACGGAAAGCCACCCGAGGAUCCAAUCGAGAGCUGAGCGACAAGGAGAAGGCGUGGAUCGAUGAGGUCCAGACUCUGGAUAAUAAGACCGAUACGAAACAAGCAGGCGGUAAUGCACUAGCGAAAAAUUCAAAGGAGCCUUGGGAACGAUUCAAUGAAGUCAAGAUGCUGAAGGAAAAACUGCUUGCGGAGAUCAAUGGUAUGGAGGGGGAGGAUGAAGUCGCGACGCCACAGAAUGUCAAGGUGCCGUCUGAGAUUCGGAAGGCGAAGAUGGCACAGGUUAUGGGGCUUUUGGAUCGUGAGUCUGCGCUGGUGGAGGCGGCGAAGAAUAGGCUUGAGAGGUUGAGCUUGUCUUAGAUGAUAGGAAAGAGGCAAUAUAAAGACGUGAUGUUGUUGAAUCUUGCACUGCAUAACCAGAUUGUGGUGGUGCAAUGUGUUGCGCAAUAUACAUAAUACUGCAUCAGAGGGGGAUGGCCAGUGCCACCAACAAAGGUACACCAGCUUCCUUCACAAUUCUUGUUCUUAACCCACCUUUAGCUCUCAUCACCUGCUUAGUUCUUCUCCCAUCUUUGAUUCUUCUUUUACUUUUCACAUUCUCAUCUCAUUCUUUACUUUCGUUCUUGCCUCCUUUUCGUUCUCCUCCCAGCUUAAUUCUCAUCUCGUCUCUUCUCGAUUUCCUGUAUUCCG